CUGCCUUGACAUCUUGAUUUGUUUUUGUUUCUUUACAAGUUUAUAUAUUCUGUAAUAUUCAAUGCAUUGUGUUAUUAUUGAAUGUGUCUUUGUGGACUGAUAAUGAAGAUCGUCAUCGAACUUGCCCUAGUGGGGGCUAUAGCAUCAGUUUUUAUAGUGGCUGCUCAGGGAAGAGCAGCCGAGAGAGCCGCGGAAGAAGCAGCAGGCCGAGAGUACAUGAGGAAACUUGAUGAAGAAAUGUCCAUUGCGCGGAACAAGAAGGCAUUAGCGUCUUGGAAUUAUGAGAGCAAUAUUACAGAUCACAAUGAGGAGCUGAUGCUACAAGUCUCAUUAGAAAUAGCAGAAGAAGAAAAAGAAUACUGGAAGGAGACAAUGAGUUACCUCUGGCAUGAAUAUGAAGAUCCAGACCUUAAAAGAAUGUUCAAGAAAUAUUCAGAGCUUGGGACAUCGGCAUUGCCAGAAGAUUUAAACCAGAGAUUGUUAACAGCAAUAAGUAAUAUGCAAAGUAUAUAUGCAAAAGCAACCAUAUGUGAUUAUAAAGAUAGAAACAAAUGUGAUUUGCACGUAGAACCAGAUGUGACAGAUAUUUUCGCUAAUAGUGAAGAUCCAGAAGAGUUAAAAUAUACAUGGCUGGAGUGGCACAAAGCGGCAGGUGCACCAUCUAGAGGCAAUUUCACUGAAUACAUACAAAUGGAUAAUGAGGCUGCUAAACUGAAUGGUUACGACAGCGUAGCGGAGUGGUGGUUGAGUGAAUACGAAUCCGAUGAUAGUGAGGACCAGUUCGCCUCACUCUGGAGUCAGAUCAAACCAUUGUAUCAGCAAAUACAUGCAUACGUGAGGAGACAGCUUAGGUUAAAGUACGGAGAAGAUGUAGUACCUACCAAGGGGCCUAUUCCAGCUCACCUUUUAGGUAACAUCUGGGCACAAACAUGGGGAAACAUUGAAAAAUUUACUAGACCUUACCCUAACAAAGCAGAUGUUGAUGUAACCUCAGCUUUGAUUGCUCAGAAUUAUACGGUCCUAAAAAUGUUCGAAACUGCCGAAGAAUUCUUUAAAUCAUUGAACCUCAGUGCGAUGCCAGACCUGUUCUGGGAGAAGUCAAUCAUAGAAAAACCUAAUGAUGGUCGAGAAUUGGUGUGCCAUGCUUCAGCUUGGGAUUUCUACGAUGGAGAAGAUUUUAGGAUCAAGCAAUGUUCCACGUUAACAUCAGCUUUCUUCAAAACAACGCAUCACGAAAUGGGUCACAUUCAGUAUUAUUUGCAAUACAAAGACCAACCAGUCAUUUAUAGGGGCGGAGCAAAUCCUGGUUUCCAUGAAGCAGUUGGUGAUGUAAUAGCUCUAUCAGUUUCAACUCCUAAACAUUUGAAAGUAAUUGGCUUAUUAGAAGAUGGACCGGAGGAUACUGAAUCUAAUAUCAAUCAGUUGUAUAAAAUGGGCUUAGAUAAAAUCGUCUUUCUUCCAUUUGCCUAUCUUCUCGAUCUCUUCCGCUACGGAGUAUUCCGCGGGACCACUACAACCAGGGACUACAACUGCCAUUACUGGCGAUUGAGGGAAACACUACAGGGAGUAGAACCUCCAGCUCCCAGAAGUGAGGACGACUUUGAUCCAGCAGCUAAAUAUCACGUUGCUGCAGAUGUUGAAUACAUGAGAUACUAUAUUUCUUACAUAAUACAAUUCCAAUUCCACCGGUCCUUAUGUCAGUUAGCCAACGAGUACAGCCCGGGAGACUCAUCUAAACUCCUCUCAGCUUGUGAUAUUUACAAAAGCCAGCCGGCUGGGGAGGCCUUAGGGAAAAUGCUUCAAAUGGGCUCAUCAAAACCAUGGCCUGAUGCUAUGGAAGCAUUAACCGGACAAAGAAACAUGGACGCCAGCGGUGUGCUGGAGUAUUUUGAACCUUUACAUGAAUGGCUGAAGGCUGAAAAUGAGCGUAGUGGAGAAUACAUUGGAUGGGAAGCGAGUAAUAUUGAAUAUUGUUCAGAUGAGCAACGUAUGGCAAUGGAGGAGUUUGGUUUCAAUGAGAGACUGAAGAAAUACGCUGCAUUGUAAAUACAUAUCAAAUUCAUAAAUUAAAUUAUUAAGUACAUAUUUAAAUAAAUUAUUA